UGUUGAGCAGUGGUUGUAUGGAGGCCUAGACACCACUUUGACAGAUGACAGGGAGGAUCGACUGACACGGAUUCAAGUGCAGCACAGCAAAAAUGCAAUGUCAUCCCUUAAAGUGGCCAGUGACAGUGACGUGGACAAUCAGCUGGCUGGCCAAGAUGACGAAGACAGCGACAGUGACAGUGAUGACAAUUUUUGUGUAACCAUCGGUGAUAUAAGGCUUGGAGAGGCACCUCAGUCUGUCGGCUCUGGCCACACACCUGUGAAUCUGAAUAUUCAGGCUAAAGGGAGGAUUCAUGCAGAUGGAGUGGAUGUGAGCACACUGGGCGAUGUCCACAGGGACAGUGUCACAGCACUUGACGUGGAUCUUGACUCCUAUGAGGAAAAGCCCUGGAACAAACCUGGUGCUGACAUUGCAGAUUAUUUUAACUAUGGUUUUGUUGAGGAAACCUGGAAAGCUUACUGUAAUGUACAGAGGAUGCUCCGGACCAUUCAUGAAAGCAAGACCUCAUCCUCCACUAAAAUCAGAGACCAGAAGGGGCGCACAGGCCACAGAGAAACAGGCUCCUGUUGUGAUUAUCCCUUGUCAGGCAGCCCAGGACACAGCACCACUGAUGUUAUUGGAGGACAAACUGGAUUCAUCAGCAGGGUGGAAGGGCGCCAAUGUGAGGUGCUUUCUGAGGAUAAAGAAAAGUUUUCCAGCCACCUAUCACACAUUUCUGUGCCGCCUCUCCUGUCUCCUGCAUUCAACAUCCGUUCUGCAUCUCCGCUCAGCCCUUCACCACCUUUCCAUGGUGCCCCUUCUCCCCUCCUCAUCAGCCCCUUGAGCAUGCUGCAGUAUAGGAGCAGGACGGACAGCAGGCUACAGUCUGAAGGCUGGGAUAGUCCCUCAGUCCCACUAUAUGCAGUUUCUACAGGUGCAUGUCCUCCAGUGCUAACAAGCAUGACCUAUUUCACUGGACUGUUGAAGAGAGCCGAGGCCUUUCAACACCACACACAACAGGAUAGAAAGCAAGACCGUAACAGGGAGAGAAGUAGAUCCAGAGAGCAUGGCCACAAUAAUGUCAGAGAAAGAGACAGAGACAGGGAGCAGCGCAGUCCUCACAACAGGUGGGUAUCACUGACCUAA